CACCAUAGUAACGGCGCGUCUGAUCUAUUUAAGGUCCCUGGCGUCAUUAACUGUUCGCUCUUGCUAAGUGUCAUAUUGUGUAACGUUCAGGAACAACGUUCAAGGUGGAGCAUUUUAGCGUAAAGAUUGAAGGGCAUUUAUUGCGGAAGCUGCGAGUGCGCAAACAGCGAGUCAGGUAAGCCUGUAAGCUAACCUCUGAAGAUCAGACUGUUAUUAGGAGCUAAGUCAGCCCACUCCACCCACAGACCUAAUGACUACAGCAGUCACAGAAUGAUUGUUAUUACUUUUAAAAACUGUAAUCUUCACUAAAAUGAAUUCCCAAAUCCGCCAAAACUUCCACCAGGACUGUGAAGCUGCCAUCAACAGACAGAUAAACCUGGAGCUGUAUGCUUCUUAUGUUUAUCUCUCCAUGGCCUACUAUUUUGAAAGGGAUGAUAAACAAUUACCCCAUUUUGCCAAGUUCUUUAACUCCCAGUCCAAAGAGGAGCGAGGACAUGCAGAGAAGCUGAUGAGUCUGCAGAACAAGCGUGGAGGCCGCAUCUUUCUGCAAGACAUCAAGAAACCUGAUAGGGAUGAAUGGGGUAGCAGCCUGGAGGCUUUGGAGUGUGCCCUGCAGCUGGAGAAAAGUGUAAACCAAUCCUUACUCGACCUUCAGAAAUUGGCUACAGAUCACGGCGAUCCUCAUCUGUGUGACUUCAUUGAGACGCAUUUCCUGGAUGAGCAGGUCGAGUCCAUCAAACAGCUGGCAGACUGGAUCUCAAACCUACGGCGGAUGGGAGCUCCUCAGAGCGGCAUGGCUGAAUAUCUCUUUGACAAACACACCAUGGCCAAGGAAGCCAAUUAAACCCAAACCAGUGGCCGCGGCGUCCACCUCUGCAUGCAGGCUGAACACUUUAUUGAUGUGCUUCAUAUGAAAACGAGAAGGUCUACACAAAUAAAAGCUAAUUAAACCUUUAAA